AUGGCAUUUAAGGUAACUGCAUUCACCGUCCUCGUGACCAUUGCUUUCGCCCACCCCGAAAACAUCCCUCAAUAUGGAUAUGGUGGCCCAACGCCUUCCUCAGGACCUGCCAAGUACGACUUCAACUACGCCGUCAACGACCCACCAUCUGGCAACGAUUUCGGCCAUCAGGAGGCCCGAGAUGGGCCAAACACUCAGGGUUCUUACUACGUUCUCCUCCCCGACAGUCGUCUCCAGAGGGUUACCUACACUGUCAACGGCGACUCCGGAUAUGUGGCCGAUGUCACCUACGAGGGUGAUGCCCAGUACCCCUCCACACCACGCCCCUAUACAACAGUACCUCAGUAUGCUUAGAUAUAUUUACUGCACAUAGGCUCUGUGCAUACUGCUCUGUUAUUAU